ACCUUAUUGUGACUGAAUUUACGCGCCACGUUUCCCUAACAGACACCCAUUGUAGUUGCUUAGCUCAAAUGUGUGUUUGUUUGCUUUGAUUUUGUACAAAAUGUGUCGAAAGGCUAGCUAGCUAGCUAGCUCGCCUGCUAACUUCCAUAGCUAGGCAGCUAAGCUUGGCCUACUUAGCUUGUUCGCUAGCUAAUGUAGCUACAUGUCUAGAAUGAAGAUGUGCUGUCGGCUGCUUCUGCUUUCAUAAUGCUGUCAUAUCUACAGCUAUGUACACAUUGUGUACGAGUCCGAAUUGUAAGAGCCAGCUUCUUCUUCCCAUUUCAAGAUAUGGGAAAAGCCUUGCGGUUCAGGAAAUCGAAGAUACACCUGUUCAAGAAGCACCCUGGUGCUCGUGCACAGAAGGUCUACGUAGGUGACAUUCUUUCUAGUGUGGGCACUUUCCAUCCAUCAAGAGAUCAGGAUGAGCCUCCCGAAAUAGCUGAGAGCAGUAACUUAUGUUCUGAGACUGCAUACACAAAGGCUAAAAGGAGAGAAAUAAGUGCCUGGGAUCUAGUCAAGGAUGAUAUUUUGAAGGUGUCAUUUGCAUGUUCAGCACCAAUCACAGAUCUCUGCAUUGUCUGUCAAGACCAUGGAGAGUACAGAUUUUUGCAAGGCUUGUUUAAAAAAGUCACACAGGAAUUUGCUGCACCUUCCUGACAAGUGGAAUGUAAGGUCAAAAGCUAAGGCCUAUUAUGAACCCCUUUCAAGUGGUUUACAAUUAGUUUUACCUGAAGGGCAUGAAAACCAUAAUGUUUAUAAAAGGGAAAUGAGAGUUGUUGUCAGUUCAGGUAUGUUAUUCUGAAUUUAAUUUGUAUAAAAUUAGGGCAGAGUUUAAAGCAGUUAUUUAAAUGUUUUAAUGUGUGUUUAGAUUUUGUUCCUGAAGCUUAUGAAGUUAUAAUACAGAUCACUUUAACAUAUUCAACAUAUAAGAAACAUUUUCAAAUUGUAUUACCUAGUGUGUCGAAGUCCUGGUGUAGGUUUAUGACAGUAUGAAUAACUGUCCUGCUUUUACCUGUUUGCAUUUUCCACUUUUUGCAUUAUAGGUGAAUAUGUUGUACAGAGCUUUGGUAGGUGAAUCCAUAUCCUAUUUCUUUACAGAAAUCUGAUUUGUAUGAAUUUAUCUGCAGUACUAUGUCCGUAUCCAGCUACUGUGUGUCUACUAUGUAUGAAAUGUGGGAUCUUUCUUAGUGUAAAGAAUUUAAGUUGCUGCUUUGUUUACUUGCAAGUGAAACGUUUGCUUUAAGUUACAGUUAGUCAAAAAAUGUUUUUUGUUUUUUCUCCUUUUCUCUUUUCAUUUUUAGCAAGAUGGAAAUAUGAUUGUAACACUUGAUGGGAACUUUGGACUUGUACGAAAACAAAGUUCAGGGGCAAGCAUAGAUAAACCAUUUCAUGGAAGCCGUAUGUUUAUUGGUGAUGGUAGAACAGAGGAAUACAUUUCGUCACAUCCCAAAAAUUCCAAACCUAAUGAGGUUGGUGACUUUUAUUAAUAUCAUACAGAACUGAUAAUUGUGUAUUUAUUCCAGCACAAUCAUUCAAGAUAAUAAUUUAUUUCACUGCUACCUGAACUAUUCUGUUUAUUUAGGAUUGCAGUAACUUUAAGGCUGGAAACCUCCUGAGGUCAGGAAAGCAAACAAAGAAGCUGGCUACCUGUCUCUCUAUUGUGGUGCUUUUCAGACUGUCAUCACUUUUUUUUUUCUAGUUCAUCUUCUCUAAAUUUUAAAAUUGUGGAUAUUUUAAUUUGUGUUUUGUAAGUACUGGUAGGCAUCAUGACUUUUUUUUGACUGUGAUCUGUGAUCAUUUAUAAUUAUAAUAAAUCAUCAUUUUCUGUGCAGGUUUUGGAUAUCAGUGCUCAAAACACUGACCAACUGCAUAGUUCAUUAAACACUGUAAUUUGUCCUAUUUAACUGGAUGGUUGCAUAUAUUGAACGAAAAAAAAACACAAGUAGAGAAGACUAUUAGAAGUUUAAGAAUCUUUUGCUGUUUGUCAGGUUAGCCUAUCCCCUCUACAUCAUCGAGGAGUUGCUCCAAAAUGCAACACAAAGAACAUACACCUGCGAGUAGUCUAUGACAUUGCAUGUGUUCUUGCCUCCCAUAUGCAGAAAUCCAACCAAGGCAUACCACACAACCUGUCUCUGGCUGUACCAGCAUUUCAUGUUUAUGGUCAUAAACUGCAGUGCCAGAUUAUGUAUAGCACCAGGAGGCUUGAUGGAUUUGGGCUUACUGAUGGUGAAGGAAUGGAAAGACUGUGGUCAUUCCUUAGAAGGUUUGCAAGAAUCACAAAGGAAAUGACUCCAUCUCAUCGGAUGGAUCUGCUACAGAUGCCCUCCUUCAUUAUGGAUGGAGAAAAGCUACUGACUUAGCUUCUGCUGAGAGUUGAAAAGGCAGAGAAGAUGACCGUUGUUGCCAAAGAUGAGAUCUCCAUGAUCAUCAGAGAGGCACCGUGCCGGUCUCUGAGCAAGACAUGGAGAGAUGGGAAAGAAAACUGAGGCAGAGCUCGUCCGACAGAAACCAAAACCUAAAAAUACUGUGCCAAGAUGGAGAAAGGAAUAUGUCAUCAAGCUGAUUCAGUACAACAUGCUUAAUAGGUCUGAGGCUGAAGAGUCAUUUGCAGAUAAAGCAGGAUUUGAGAAAACCUUGCUGAAUUUGGAGGAGAAGUACUGCAUAGGGAAAAGGUGGCAUGAACGUGAUGUGAUCUUUCAGUCUACCCUGAAAGAUGUUGACUGUGACAUCAGAAGACAAUUACUGUUCAAAGCUAGAACUGAAGCAAGAGAGAGAGCUGUCCUCUUACAGCUCAAAAGAAAAUAUCCAGAUGGCCAAGGCAUUGCCAUUAGACUUUCCAAGCAAGUUGCAAACACCAACAAGAGACUCAAGCAGACACUAAGCCAGUACAACAACAUUCUCUGGCCACCAAAGACUGAUGUCUUCCCUGCAACCAUGAGUUUUCAGGACAUAUGUGACCCAUCUUGGCCUGUCUGUUCCCUCCUGGAUGAAACCAUUGGAGAUGGUGAUGAUUCUGUUCCUAGAUGUUUAAAACGACGUGGGAUCGAUGCAGUAUACAUGAAGGCCCGGGCUGCUGAAGAAAAGGUCUUGGUCCAUCAAGAAAUGAAAUGUGUAAUUGAUCACCUUCAUCAGCAACAUGCUUUUCUCCAUUCUGCUAUCAUUUCAACAAACGAGCCUGGUGCGAAAGCUGCAUUAAUCCAACGCAUCAUACAGCUGGAAAGAAGAUUACAUUGUGCCACACAUGCGUUUCAUCAUCAUGUACCACAUAUUCCUUCUGCUCCAUGCAAUUACAUAACUCCAGGUCGACUCCACCACACUGUGCCACUGCAUGAAAUAGAAACACUUGAUGGUGAUGAGGAUGAGGAAGAGGAUGAGGAUGAUGACUGACUACAAUGGCACUAAUGUUGACACUGAAAAGACUAUAAAUGGGUUAUUCUUGCGUUUCACCAACUGAACCCUCCACCCCACACUGAUCAUACAGAACAUUGUGUAUUUUUACAAAUCUGUAUCUAUUUCUCUGCAUACUUUAUCCUCUUUUCAAUGGUCAGGACCCCAUAGGAUAGACCACCACAGAACAGCUGAUACUAUUUGUGUGGCUUGUCACUUGUAUUGUUUUGAUAGAUAGAUAGAUAGAUAGAUAGAUAGAUAGAUAGAUAGAUAGAUCUUAUAAAACUUAUAAGAACCAUAUUAGUUUGAGGGUUUCUGAUGUUUCAAAGACUAAAAAAAUAUACAUAGCGUUAUGUGAGAGCAGUGAUCACUGUAAGUAAUUAUACAAAACUGGCUGUGGUUUGAUGAAUGUGAAUCUUGAAAAUGAAUUUCAAUAACCUUAAGACAAGUGUUAUGUACAUGUGUGGUAUUAAAUCAGAUCAUUGUAGGACAAAACUUCUUAGAUUCAAUUAAUUAUUUUUAUUAAUUACGUAUUCAUUUUUAUUAAUUCCUGUCAAAACAUUUUGGUCUUACUUAUAAAUGAUAAACUGUAUUUAUUUGUUAAAACUAGAAUAUUGUUAAUAUACAGCAACUACCUUGCCACACUGCAGCACCUGCCUAAUGUCCAUUUAAUGACACCAUAGUAAUUGCCUACUAACCAGUUUGCAACAAUAUGGUGAUCUAGAAAUAGCCUUGCAGUGAAAACACACUUUCCCUUUAAUAAGUUUUAACUGUAGGUUAGAAUCUUUGUUGGGAAGAAAAUUCUACCCAAAAACAACUGUAUAAGCAAAAGUAAUCAGUUACAAAAUACUAUUUAUUGACAUGACCAUGUGAUCACUUACACUACUUCAGGGGGUGGUUUGAAACAUAUUUAUUAACUGUCCUUUACAAAAUUUCUUGAUGAACAGACCAAUAUACCUUCUCCAAAAUUACCUAAAUAAACUCUUUUUACAUUGACUUCUAUUGAAAGUUAAGAAGUUAACUUUGUUGGUCUUUAACCUGUAUAAUGCAUAAUGCAAAAAAGUACACCCACUUUGAAUAUUAUUUACAAACCAGAACAUUCUAAAUACACUGAUAUUGAAUUCUUAGCCUGAAGCCAUAAAGAUAAUGUUACUUAAGAAGUUUAAAAUGUGCAAAGAAUAAGAUCUGGAGAUUGGGCAGCUCUCACCUAAGGUGAUCAUCUGCAACUGUUUCUGAGUACUGUUGAGUGGUGUGUGAAUAAUCUUGUGUGCAGGACCAACAAUCACAGUAAGUAAACUUAAGUUAUAAACACUCUGUCACAAAAAAAUAUAUGCACCCAGAAGGAAACAAGCUACUAUUACGAAACUUAAUAUGUAUGUAUAGUAUGAGGAGAUUGAAAAUGAUUACAAAUUCAGAAAAAAAAGGUUGUUUUAUUAAUUAAUUAUGGCAUGAAAAACAUUACAAAUCGGUAAGUAAUAAAGCCACCUCUGGCAGCUAUACAAGUUGAAACACGGCGUGGCAUUGAAUCAAUUAGGUCACCUAUGAUCCCUGCGGAAGAUCAUGCCAUAAUCUUUGCAGCUGUGCAGUUAAUUCACCAGUAUUCUGGGACGACUGCAGUUGCCUUCCAAGCACAUCCCAGAUGUGCUCUAUUGGCAAGAGGUCUGGUGACCUGGCAGGCCAUGGGAGUAUGUCAUAUCCUUGAAGACAUUGCUGGGAGAGUCGUGCAGUAUGUGGAUGAGCGUUGUCUUGGCACCUGGGAGACUUGAUAGCAUCGGCAGUACAACCGGUGUUAAAAUGUCGUCCACGUAACUGCAAACCUAGUAACUAACUAGUGCCUUGAAAAACAACUAGAGCAGAGUGUGUCCCAACAAACCGUUCCCACACUUUCACACCUUGUGUAUUCGCCGUAUGCCGCUCAACAACAAAUGCCGGAUCGGACCGCUGACCUCGCCGCCUCCACACGUGUGUUCGAUGGUCAUCAGCACUGAGACUGAAUCUGGUUCAUCACUGAAGAUCACACGCCUCCAGUCGCUCACACUCCAGCUUGCCCGAGGUCGGCAAAAAUCCCGUCAACACAGCCUAUGAUGUGGGGUCAGUGGAAGGCGUCUUAGUGGACGUCGGCUCCUUAUACCAGUGUUGACGAGUCGUCCCUGAAUGGUUUCACUUGAACUGUUCCAGCUUCGCAUCUCAUAUGUGCAUAGCAUACUUACCCUUGACUCAUUGGUGUAGAAAUUUUAAUCAUUUGCAUAUCGUUUACCAGACUACAUUCCUGCCAAGUUUCGUAAUUGUGGCUCGAUUUCGUCUGGGUGUAUAUAUAUUUUUUUAAACUUACAAAAACAAAAAUAUACAAGGAAUUUGCUUAGGCUGGCCACAACACUGACAAACUACAGGCCAUAAGCCUAAAGUAUUCAGACAAGAUCAAUUCGGUAGUCCAAAUCUUGUUGUUGAGACUAAAUGAAGACUAACAUGUACAUGAGCAUUGGGAUACAUUAUAAUAAAGACAAAUAAAAAAGUUGCCACUUG